UAGUGUGCAGCCUAAAAAGACAAGUAGUCGAUGGAUAGACCCGAUAAUUUAGUUAUUGAUAAAUACUAUUAAUCGAUUAAAUUGAUAAAACAAAACCGUUGUAUAUUGGAUAAUUUCAAAGUGUAAAAAUUCUCAAUAUCAAUUCCCAAACAGAAAUGUACUCUCGCAAAAGAAAAAACAAGCAAGACGGAGAAGAAUUGACAUACAACAAAAUUUACAUGCCCAAAAUGAAGAGUGUCUUUUGGAAGUAUUUUGGUUAUCCCGCCGAUGAACGUGGUGAGAUAAUAACAAAACACAAAGUCAUAUGUAAUCUAUGCAAAGCCGUUCUCACCAAUCACUAUAACACCACAAAUAUCCGAGCUCACAUUCAGUCGACGCACAAAACAAUAUUUUCCCAACUUGUCACCACACAUGGGAUAAGUGUACCACCAAGGAAAGUCAAUACGAGCCAGAAAAAGCCCGCGAAAUCCGAGACGGUACAUUUGAUAGAGGACUCAAUUGAUAGUCGUCGUCCGGCGACGAAACAGAUGAAGGUGGAUUAUAGUGAUUCAUCUUUCAUUGAUGAGGAUUCAAUAAACAUACCACUUACUUAUGAAGACACUGAAGACGAACCCACGACGACAGCGAUAACAACUACAGAAUUGUCGAAUGUAAUAUUUGAUCAGACGUUGCCCGCCACAGCCGUUGAUGUUGAUCAAACGGUUUUGCCAAAAAGUACAUGUGAAAAUCAAAAAGUACUUCCUCCCCUAAAUAUUACUGUCGAUAUAAAUCCCAUUCAAGUCAGCUAUAACAUUGAGGAAGCUCUAACCAAAGUGGUUAUUACAGAUCUUCUCAAUGUCUCGGCAAUCUAUAACUCUGGAAUGAAGGGAUUCAUUACGAGCUUUCUGAGCAAUCAGAUAUUGCCAACUUUUAGCAAGAUGGAAAGUUUAAUUGAAGACCUGCAUAAAACAAAAUUUGAAAAAAUGAAAGACCGCAUCAAAGUUCAUUCCCAAGUCAAAUCAUAUUCACUAAGUUUUGAUGUAUGGAUGAAUAUUGAAGGCAAACAAUUGGUUUCGAUAUAUUACAAUCAUGUGUCUGAAGAAUUUGAGGAUCAAUUCUGUGAUAAUAUUUACAUGACAAUUGAACUUAAUUGUUACACAUCGUUCGAGGCGAUAUUCCAUGGAUUUAACUUGCAAAACUGCUCAGCAGCAAUAGUUAAUAGCAAUCAGGAAAUAAUCAACACAUUUUUAUCAAACAAUGACAUUCCCAUAGUGCAUUGUUUUUCACAUAUCAUCGAUAACUGCCUUUUGAAUGUUUUCAAAAUACCAGACAUAGUUACGGUUUUUAAUGAAGCAGUAGAUAUUCUGACUCGUCACGCUUCUGAACUAACUUCUGAGGAUACUGAAAUACCAUCAGCUUGUGAAGAGUUCCCCAUAUCAAAGCUGCAUGUUUUGAGGUUCUUCUGUGAAAGUGUUUCCUGGCCUGACGAUAUGGAAUAUAUCCUAGCUAAAGCUAAACAAAUUUUAGAUGUACUUUCCCCACUUGAGAUAACACUGGACACCCUGCGAGAAGAAGACAUACCACUGAGUAGUUUGUUCCUGCCAUUUGCCCAAAAAAUUAUCGAAAAACAUUACGUCUACAGCGAGUUUGACGAUCCUUUGGUAUGCGAAAUGAAAGAAAUGGUUGUUGACGAGUUUAAAAGAAGUGUAUGUUCAAAUAAUCUCCUAACAGUAACAGCUAUGCUCGAUCCAAGGUUUCAUAAGUUCAUAUCAUUGAAAAACAUAAAUAGUUGUCUGAAUUUAUUGGAGAAAAAAUACCGUCAAAUGGGAAAACAACGAAGUAGUCUACAAAAAUGUGAACCCACAAAAGAGGAACCACCAAAGAAUUCUAGAAAGUCACAUUUGAAAAUGUUCUUUGUUGACUGCCUGGAAGAUACAACUGCAAAAAGUUUUCAAAAUGAAAAUUUCAUUGAAAUGGAUUUGAGACGAUAUCGUGAUGAAGCAUUUGCUAGUCUAGAAGAAUCACCUAUAAAGUGGUGGAAUCAGUGGGGUAAUUCUUAUGGAAGUUUGCGGCAUUUAUCUGAAGCUUAUUGUUGUGUUUUGGGCUUCAUUAAUCUAAGCUAUAAAGAGGUGUUAAGAGAUCAAAUAAACAACUAUAGGAGAAGGUUUGCUCUGACGGGAAAACUAAUCGAUAAGAUUAUUUUUUUGAAUAAAAAUCAAUGAAACAAAAAAUAUUUUAGUUAUGAAAAAUUUAAUUACAAAUAAGCAAAAUUAUUGAUCGUUUUAUGAAUAAGAAUUAAUUUGAAAUA